AUGUGGUCGGCUCUUACCAUCUCAGCGAGUGCUGGUAGACGCGCGGUGCACCAGCCACAUCUCGGAAAAGAGACUAAGAAGAAAGGCGAGGAAGAGUUAGAUACACAGUUCAGGGCUACUCAGGCGAAAGGAGCCGUGGACGAUAUGGUGUUGCUGGGCGAUGUGAGUCAGAAGGGUAUUGAGAAGAACUUAUCCGAACGCUAUUUUGAAGACAAAAUCUAUACUUACAUCGGACCAGUGCUGAUUUCAGUCAAUCCUUACAAAAGG